GAUAGCACACAUGGGCUCCCCUCACUUUUAUUGUUGGCGAGGUCAUUUGAAGAGUUUUGUGGCUGAGUGGAGAUUUGAAUCACUUUCCAGCCUAGGUCUGACACAUGAGCCCCUAGAUCAUGCUAGGGACUUAGGCGUAUGUGUGGGCAGUUUUACACGUGCCUCUGAAAAUCUUGGCAAGUCUAAGCUGUGUUGGUAUCUGAAAAGUAAUUGUGAUGAGUGAAUUAGGAUAUGUACAGAGUGGCUUUUCAUUCAUCACUAAUUAGCUGUGUGGGAGUUGUGGGGAAUUAGAAAAAUGUUGUGAAGUCAGUGGUUCUGUAGCAUUCUGCAGAAGUAGUUGUGGAAACCCAGGUUAGCUCAGCAGCUGAAUACCCAAUGCCAAGAUCAUACCAUUCUGAUCUUUCAGAAGGAUGCUGAACUUGGAGUGUGUGACGUUACUGUGCUGACAUGGCCUAAGAGGGCCAUGGCUUUUCCCCCUCCUAACACCUGUCAGAAUCUGUAUUAACCACACAGAUUAGCUGUCUGUGUUAUUGUGUUGGGGGAAGCACAUGCCGCUUUUUUUGGUUCUUAGGGCUGUUGAAAAUCAGCUGAUGUGCUACAUUCAGGAGCACCUCACAUUCUUGUACAGGAGUUUAUGCACACUUUCUGUGUGCAUGCAUGUGCAAUCUAAUAUACAUGGAUACAUCUUCCCUUCAGUGUAAUUUUGGUUGUAACCGUGAAGAAAAGCAACAGAGAACUGCUAUUGGGAAUGAAAGGGUAGCUUGAUUUUACUUUGCUGCUUUGGUUUCCUUUAGAAACCCUAGUUGUUCUUAUGCUUGUCUGAGGUGUUAGCUCUGAGGAGCUGGAGAGAGGUGAGUCAGAAACUGUAGGAAAAAUUAGGUGUUUCUGGUGAAGUUAAUAGGGAAGGGGGUGAUGGAGGUCCAAAUGCGUCAGGUGAAGCUGAGCUUUCUUUACCCUUGUUAUAUACUGCAAAGUGGAUUUUGUGGCUAUCUCAAGGAAGCAGGUUCUUUUGUGUCAAGGAUGCAUGGAGUACUUUGUGGGUGAUUGCCAGUGCUUAUUUGAAAGUCUGUUGUAUGUAGGGCUGUUACAGAAUAUAGUUUGCAAGCUCAAGAUACGCAGUAGUUUUGGUAUUUAGCUACCACACACGUGGUUCUGUGCGUGCUGGCACCAAGGUUGAACUUGGUAUGGAUUGGGGUCUGCAUUUCUGGCACUUGAUUGUAGCAGCUUGAAUGCCAUGGUUGUAAUCUGAAGUAUAAGAAACCAAUCCAUGCUGAGUUGAGCGCAUGGCAUUGGCAUGUACAGAAGCAGUUGGGUCCUUGGCAGCUCAGCUGGAAAUCAAUAUGGGGUAGCUGGUUUGUAGGUCUGCAUCAUGUGGGGCCUAGUGGUCUGAUUAUUUUAAAAGUCCUGUCUGUUAAAAUCACAAACAAAACACUUACGCUCAUUAAAAGAGAAGCAGCAUUCCAGUUGUGUAUAAAUUAGGAGCCAGGUGUCUUAGCUGCCAGUCAUCCAACAUCGUACAGAUCAAGAAUACUGAAUGAGGUGUACAUUAAGAGCUAGAGAAGAGUCCUUCUGUAGGUUCAAGUUGAGAAGUAAAUGAUUUAGGAGCUAAAUUGUGAAAUAAGAAGCCUGCAACCAUGUUCGGCUGUUCUUCCAGAGCCCCAGACCCCAUGGCUAUCCCACCAACCUAUUGUGACCUGGGGAAAUCUGCCAGGGAUAUAUUCAACAUAGGAUAUGGGUUUGGAGUGGUCAAGUUAGAGGUGAAGACCAAGUCUUCCAGUGGAGUGCUGGAAUUUACCACCACUGGCUCCUCCAGCGCAGACACAGGGAAAACCACAGGCAGCCUAGAGACCAAAUACAAAUUCAAAGACUAUGGACUUACCUUCAGCCAAAAAUGGAACACUGACAACACCUUGGGGACAGAGCUGACCAUGGAGGAUAAGUUGGCUGAGGGACUGAAGAUGACCCUUGAAACCAUGUUUGUACCAAACACAGGGAAGAAGAGUGGGAAGUUGAAGACAUCUUAUAAACGAGAAUAUCUAAACAUAGGUUGUAAUGUUGACAUUGACCUCUCCGGACCAACCAUCCAUGGCUGGGCUGUGUUGGGCUACGAGGGUUGGCUUGCUGGCUACCAGAUGGCUUUUGACACUGCCAAGUCCAAGCUGUCACAGAAUAACUUUGCACUGGGUUACAAGGCAGCAGACUUCCAGCUGCAUACGAAUGUGAAUGAUGGCACUGAAUUUGGUGGCUCAAUCUAUCAGAAAGUUAAUAACAAGGUCGAAACAUCUGUAAGUCUUGCCUGGACUGCUGGCAGUAAUAACACCCUGUGUGGGAUUGCCGCCAAGUACCUGCUGGACGACAAAGCCUCCAUUUCGGCCAAAGUUAAUAAUGCCUGCCUCAUUGGACUUGGCUACACUCAGACUCUACGACCUGGUGUGAAGCUGAAUCUCUCGACUCUGAUUGAUGGCAAGAACUUCAGCACCGGUGGCCAUAAAAUUGGGCUAGGAUUUGAGUUGGAAGCUUAAUGUAGGUUCUGAUGAAGUGUAAAUCUUUAACUGGAAGAUGAAGGAGAAAACAAACCCCACAUGUUCUGGCCUUAAACUCUUCUGUGACACUUCAAAAAGCGUGAACUUGAUAUUCUUCCAAAGAAUUGUUGUAACCCCAAACAUGGAAGUCUGGAGAGUGCAAACCAUGAAGGGCAAUACUUGAAGGCAUGCAUGGAAGUUGUAUUGGUUGUGCUACAUUUCAAUUCAGUUCCUCAGUUACUUUUAAAUAUGUUCCUCAAAAGACAGCAUAGCAUCUGUUUAACAGAAAGAAUCCCCCCCCACCAAUCCUUCUGUGUUAUACAUCACAUUCUGCAUGUCCUACCCCCUCAUGACCUUUUGUAAAACUGGUCUUUGUGCUGUAGUGAAAGCUUUGGUUUUGCAUCAAAGUGGAAAUAAAUCCAAUCACAUUUGGAGCCUG